AUUUUUCUUUUGUUACUUUGCUCAAAGAAGUUCAUUACUGUAUAUAUAAACAUUAGUUAAAGAAAUCCAUUUAUUUUUAGAUAAAAACUUAAAUGUGUUCUUCACUUAGAGAUAAAAGGAAAAGCAAAGAGAGAAAAGGGGAGGCUUAGCUUCUUCCUUGAUCUUGAAUACUCACUUUCUUUCUUUUUGAAGAUGUUUGAUUCUUUAAAUCUAUCUACACCUGAAGUUUCUCAGAUUCCCUUAACUUUUCCUUCCUUUUCCAGAAAAUCCAUUGUCUCAAAACCUCAUAAUAAGACCCUUUGUUUCUUCUUCAAGUCCUUCCAAAUUCACUUUCUAUGAAAAACUUCCAAGAAAAUAUGUUGCCACUCAUUCAUAUUGUCACACUCUUUACUAUUUUAGGCACUUCCUUUUCUUCCUCUUCUGAUUUUCUUGCCUUAGUAAGUCUAAAACAAGGUUUUGAGCUCUCAAAUCCUGCAUUGAGCUCAUGGGAUACUUCAAAUCCUAGCUCAGUUUGUUCUUGGUUAGGAAUCAAAUGCUACCAAGGCCGAGUUAUAUCGAUAAACUUAUCCAAUAUGGACUUAUAUGGCUCUGUUUCUCCUGCUAUUUCAAGCUUAGAUAAGCUUGUAGAGCUCUCAAUUGAUGGCAAUAACUUCACUGGUGAAAUCAAGAUUGACAACAUGAGCAGCCUACAGUCACUCAACAUAUCAAACAACAUAUUCAGUGGGAGUCUUGAUUGGAACUACUCAAGUUUGUCCAAUUUGGAGAUUCUUGAUGCUUAUAACAACAACUUCUCUUCUUUUCUUCCUCUUGGAGUUGUCAACUUGAAGAAACUCAAGUACUUGGAUUUGGGUGGCAACUAUUUCUAUGGCAGAAUACCAGAAAGUUAUGGUGAUUUGAUUGAGUUGGAGUACUUGUCACUAGCUGGAAAUGACUUGCAUGGUAGAAUCCCUAAAGAAUUAGGGAAUCUCACCAACUUAAAAGAGAUUUACUUAGGAUAUUUCAAUGUUUUUGUAGGUGGGAUUCCUAAGGAAUUUGGCAAAUUGGAAAAUCUUGUUCACAUGGAUAUUUCUAGUUGUGAAUUAGAUGGUCCAAUUCCUCCUGAAUUAGGGAACUUGAAAUUGUUGAACACACUUUUUCUGCAUAUUAAUCUUCUCUCAGGUCAAAUUCCUAAAGAAUUAGGCAACCUCACUGGUUUAGUCAAUCUUGAUCUUUCAGCCAAUGCACUUACAGGAGAAAUUCCAUUUGAGCUCAUUAAUCUACAACAACUAAGGCUUUUUAACCUAUUCAUGAACAAAUUACAUGGUUCUAUACCGGAUUUCAUCGCUGAUUUUCCCGAGCUGAAGAUUCUUGGUCUUUGGAUGAACAACUUCACCGGUAUAAUCCCCGAGAAGCUAGGCCAAAAUGGGAAGCUACAAGAGCUGGAUUUGUCAUCAAACAAGCUCACUGGUACAAUUCCUAAAGACUUGUGUGCCUCAAAGCAACUUAGAAUCUUGAUUUUACUCAAGAAUUUCCUCUUUGGUCCAAUUCCAGAGGAUUUAGGCACAUGUUCAAGUCUAGCUAGGGUGAGAUUGGGGCAGAAUUACUUGAAUGGUAGCAUACCAAAUGGAUUCAUUUACAUGCCUGAGUUAAACUUAGUUGAGCUGCACAAUAACUAUUUGUCUGGUACCUUAUCAGAAAAUAGUAACAUUUCCUCAAAGCCAGCCAAAUUAGGUCAAUUAAAUUUAUCAAACAAUCAACUUUCUGGUUCUUUACCAUUUUCACUUUCUAAUUUCACUUCCCUUCAAAUUCUUUCACUUGGAGGGAACCAAUUCUCUGGUCCAAUUCCUUCUUCUAUAGGUCAACUCUCUCAAGCCUUAAAAAUUGACCUGAGUCAUAAUUUUCUUUCUGGUGAAAUACCUCCUGAAAUAGGCAAUUGUGUCCACUUGACAUAUCUAGACUUGAGCCAAAAUAACAUUUCUGGUUCAAUUCCAGCUAGAAUGUCCGAAAUCCGAAUCUUGAACUACUUGAACUUGUCAAGAAACCAUUUGAAUGAGACCAUACCAAAGUCAAUUGGUACCAUGAGAAGUCUCACAACUGCUGAUUUCUCAUUCAAUGAUUUAUCAGGCAAGCUACCCGAAUCAGGCCAAUUUGCAUACUUCAAUGCUACUUCUUUCGCGGGCAAUCCUCGACUAUGUGGUUCAUUAUUGAACAACCCUUGUAAUUUCACACUAUUCACUGAUCCACCAGGAAAGUCCGGUGGUGAUUUCAAGCUGAUAUUCGCCCUCGGGUUGUUAAUCUGUUCACUAGUCUUUGCAGCUGCAGCUAUUAUCAAGGCCAAGUCUUUCAAGAAAACAGGCUUGAAUUCUUGGAAAAUGACAGCAUUCCAAAAGGUUGAAUUCACUGUUGCGGACGUGCUCGAAUGUGUGAAAGAUGGAAAUGUAAUAGGCAGAGGAGGAGCCGGGAUUGUGUACCAUGGGAAAAUGCCAAAUGGGGUUGAAAUUGCUGUGAAAAAACUGCUUGGUAUUGGCAACAACAGUCAUGAUCAUGGUUUCAGAGCCGAGAUUCGGACACUAGGCAAUAUUCGACACAGGAACAUCGUAAGACUUGUUGCUUUUUGUUCAAACAAGGAAACAAAUCUGCUUGUGUAUGAGUACAUGAGAAAUGGGAGUUUAGGAGAGGCAUUGCAUGGGAAAAAAGGAGGAUUUUUGAGCUGGAAUUUGAGGUACAAAAUUGCUAUAGAAGCUGCUAAAGGAUUGUGCUAUCUUCACCAUGAUUGCUCGCCAUUGAUCGUUCACAGAGAUGUUAAAUCCAACAACAUUUUGCUGAAUUCAAACUUUGAAGCUCAUGUUGCUGAUUUUGGUUUGGCUAAAUUCUUGGUAGAUGGUGGUGCCUCAGAAUGCAUGUCUGCAAUUGCUGGUUCCUAUGGUUACAUUGCCCCUGAAUAUGCAUAUACUUUGAGAGUAGAUGAAAAGAGCGACGUGUAUAGUUUUGGUGUGGUUCUAUUGGAGCUAAUCACAGGGCGUCGUCCAGUAGGAGAAUUCGGAGACGGAGUGGACAUAGUACAAUGGAGCAAGAGAGUAACAAAUUGCAAAAGAGAACAAGUGACACAUAUCGUAGAUCCAAGACUAACUACAGUGCCACAAGAUGAAGCCAUGCAUUUGUUCUUCAUUGCCAUGCUUUGCAUUCAAGAAAAUAGCGUAGAACGUCCAACCAUGAGAGAAGUCAUUCAAAUGUUAUCAGAGUUUCCGCGACAAUCACCUGAGUAUCAACCAUCUUCUUCAUCUGUGGUUUUUCAAAAGGUAAAGAGCCUUGAGAAUGACCAAAGUUGUCCAAAGAUUCGGAAAGAACUUUUGGUUUAACCAAUUUUCGUUUAUAAGUAAAAGUAUUAGAUUUUAGUUUGUUUUUUAAUGGUCCUUUGGUAGGUGGUUAAGUUCUCUACUGUACUGCUUUAUAAGUUGUAACUUCUUAUUCUUUCUACUUGUUAUUAAGAUAGGUUUUUGUGGCUGAGAGAAGUAGGAAAAUAAUUAGUACUAUAGUAGUUAGUGGAUUUUGAUUCUUAAUUAGGGGUUGGGGUGUUAAUUUCUUGGCAAAGGCAAGCAGGCACAAUUAAGUUGGUUCUGAAUGCUUAUUUGUAUCAUAGUGUUAUACAAGGUAUAUAUUGUUCUUUUUACGUGUGAA